UUUAUAUCAAUCCCAAUAUUAGCUCGAGGUUGCUCCUUUUCCUAUCGGGAUAUCCCAAUCCAAAGUAGUAUUGAUGUGUGUUCUGCGCAUGCUCCAUUCGAAAUGAAUCUUGGGACUUUAACAGGAAGUAUUAAAUUUAAAAACAUGGCGGCACGCAUAAGUGUACAUUUUUGGAGCUAAGAGGUACUACCGGUGCCGGGUCCGAUACAGUUGAUGUCAGGAUCGAUCCCACCGCCUCUUCCAUCCGAUAUGGGAAUGGGUGGAGUCGUUCUCAGGCCCCCCAAACCUCAUCAUAAAUGACCCCCUACCCUCCAGACACCAUUCAUCCUAAGGAUUGGCCGUCUCCCAGCACCAUGCCAGGCAAGCCCGCACACAGUGAUAAACCCGAUCCGGUGGAGGCUCCAUCGGCUGCCGAGGGCGAAGCACCGCCCGCCGCCCCUCCUGAGAAUAAUCCGGAAGGAAGCACCCCAGCUGCUGAAUGCGAUGCUGCUGCAGCUGCCGCAGACGUUCCCGCUACUGACGCUGACGGUGCUCAAGUUGAGGAGCCACCCGAAGCCCCGGCACCUCCAUCUCCUGCAGUUCCCACCAGUGCUCCAUUAGAAGUAUGCGUAGAAGAUGUCAACGACUCCAGCCUCACCAUCAAGUGGAAGACGCCAAACGCCAUCGGGGACUCCGGCCUGGAUGGAUACACCGUUGAGUACUGCAAGGACGGAACAACAGACUGGGUGGUGGCUAACCAGGAGCUGACCAUGGCUAACUGCUACUGCAUCAAGGACCUGACAGCAGGGGAUAUGCUACUUGUGCGUGUGGUGGCUGUCAACGCCGGCGGUCGCAGUGAACCUGGCACGCUCGCCCAGGCCGUGCCAGUCCGGGAUGUUGUCGCCCGUCCAAAAAUCAAAGUACCUCGCAAUCUCCGCAACCGCUUUGUCAAACAAGUCGGAGAGCAAAUCAACCUGGUCAUCCCGUUCCUUGGAAAGCCCAAACCUGCGGUGUCCUGGCUGAAGGACGGUCAGCCUUUGAGCCCCAAGAGGGUCAACAUCAGGAACACUGACAAGGACAGCAUCCUAUUUAUUCGUGGUUCCCAGAGGGAGGACUCGGGUGUUUACGAGAUGACCGUCAAGGUGGACAGCUUUGAAGACAAAGCCGCCAUCACCCUUCAGAUUGUCGAGCUGCCUGGUCCUCCUGCUAGCGUUAAGCUGGUGGACUGCUGGGGUUUCAAUGCCGCACUGGAAUGGACGCCUCCCAAGGACAACGGCAACGCAGAGAUCACUGGGUACAUAGUCCAGAAGGCGGACAGGAAGACUGGGGAUUGGUUCACGGUGCUGGAACACUACCACAGGCUCUCUGCCACCGUCUCUGACCUCAUCAUGGGAAACUCGUAUUCCUUCAGAGUUUUUUCCGUGAACAAAGUGGGCGUGAGUGAGUCAAGUGCCGUCACGAAGGACGUGGCUACAAUCCAGAAGACAGGCAUUGUGUACAAGCCACCAGAGUACCCGGAGCACGACUUCAGCGAGGCGCCCAAAUUCACCACACCGCUCAAUGACCGUGCGGCUACUGUUGGAUACACCACCAAGCUUCUCUGCUCCGUUCGUGGAUGUCCCAAGCCUAAGAUCGAGUGGCUUAAAAACAAGAUGGUCAUUGGUGAUGACCCCAAGUUUCGUCAGAUCUCCAACCAGGGAAUUUGCUCCCUGGAGAUCCGCAAGCCUUGCAGCUUUGAUGGGGGAGUCUACACGUGCAGAGCGAAGAACGAGCAAGGAGAAGCCGCCGUCUCCUGCAAGCUGGAGGUCAAACAGGUUAUUCUGGCGGAGGCUGACAAGGAGAAGGGCAAAUAAAGCAACACUUAACCUUCAAAGGGUGACUGACAGGAAAAAGGUUAUGCAACAGCGUUUACAUGAAAAUGAAGAAAAACUCUCCAUCCACACCGCCGCAGUCUCAUUUUGCUGAAUGCUGAUUAUUAUUCUCGUUUGUCCAACUUCAGCUUGAAUGUACAAUGAUUUUUCUGCCAUUAUCAGGUUGUUAUGCUAUCGUUUG